UGUUUCCAGCGCUGCUGCACAAAAACAUCACGGGUGGUUGUUGCAGCUGUGCGCGCUACAAAUACAGCACAUGGUGGCAUUUGGACGCUGUUUGUCGCGACUGGCACCAUCAGGCUUGAAGUCCGAGCUCGUUUUAACGCAGAUUUAUCAACUUUGACUUGCGUAGGAUUUACUUUACUGCCAGUGUUCAAACUUUAACUUAUAGCUGAGUGAAAAAAAACAGCCCGAACCCACCGAGAGGUUUUCUGUAAAUCCACCUGUCUUAGUUUCCACUUGGUUGCAAGCAUGUCGUCUGGUGCAAAACAAGUUAAAAGCUGCCCAAUCCCGACCAAGGUGCUCACCCUGAAGGACUGGUCCCAGCUGCCGGACUGCUACAGCCAGACACCCGGAGGGACGCUCUUCUCCACCACGCCCGGGGGUACCCGCAUCAUCUAUGACAGGAAGUUUCUCUUGGACUGCCGGAACUCCCCUCUUGCCAGGACCCCCCCAUGCUGUCUCCCCCAGAUACCGGGGGUGACGGUACCUGCCACACACCCCAUCGGCAAACUGCAGGACCUCAAAGAGGAGGCAGAGGAGGAAGAGAAGGAUAUUGCUGAUGACAGCCAGUUUGAGAUGGACAUCUGAGCACCAGUAUUGCCUCCUGUGGAGAGUCAUUGAUUUAAACUUUCGUAAAGGUCAUUGACUAUACUGCAUUAUAUAAAGGUUUGUUUUGUUUUUUAUCCACUUUCUUUUGUGAGGAAAUGUAGGGUGAAUUCACCCUUAUUGGGGGGAAAAAGUAUGUGUUAAGACAAAGAUGGCAUAAUUGUUUGGUUGCUCACUCACACCGGAGAAAAUGCAGGAUUGGAAAAUCCACUUUGAUUUAACCUUUUUUUUAAUAUUCUGUAAAUAAGAAAUUUGUACUAUGUAGCCUGUUGCUUUUUUUUAAGUUUGGGGGUGGGGGGGGGUUAUUACAUUAAGACAUGUAUAGAGGGAUUUUUCAAAUGUCAGUUUUUGUUUUCUCAAUUCUGUUAAAGGAGGGCCAACUUCCUUUUGUGGGUUUGAGAAUCAGGGGGCCUACUCAAAAUCAGCUCUGAGUUUAUUUUGUAUGGAAGGAGUAUUGAAAUGUACAUUUUCAAAUAAAGGCUGAAAAAUUCCCA